CAUAUUUUAAAAUCUCAGAGUCAGAAUGACUUUGCUCAAAGACGAAGUGCAAAGGUUAAGUGCAGUUUGAAAUAUGUCGUCAAGCCUGCAAGUGAGAAGAUCUGCCAUCUGUUUCCUUUCAUUCGCUUGCUCAAUGGUCCAUGCAUAUUCUGGACAGUUUCAUAACUAGUAUUUGUCACUGUCUAAGUAUAUAGCCUAACCCAACAGCAUUCUAUGUUUUCUCGUCUUCUGCUUGAGUCCACUGAUGUGGUCUUUUCUAAAUUAUUCUUUAAUGUAGUUAUGAAUAAUUUACAUACAAGUGGAUUUGAUGGUCAUUGUCAGUCAUGCAGAGAGAAUCAGUCUUGCAGAGAACUCGCUUUCUCAGAGUUUGGCAGGAAAACAGAAACCUGUAUGCAAAAAUGGCAACCGUGCAUCCGGUGUAUUUUUUUUUUAAAACAAUGACAUUGUCAUGCUAGAUGUUGCAUGAAGACCUGAUAGUCCUAACCAGUGUUGCUGUAUCAACUUGAGCACAUGAAAUUAUGAUCCAGCUGGGUAUAUUCUGUAAGUGCUACAUUUUAAUCGUCUAUGUACAGAGUAUUUGUUUGACUGAUAUGUGUUGGCUCACCCUUUACAUUGCUUAUUUUUCAGUGAGUCUUUUUACCAAAUUAGCAAAUGCAGAUUUCAAUGCUGGGCUUGGAGUGAUGACUCUCAGCGACCGGACGGAUCUGACAUGCUGUCACUGGGACAAGGCUAUGUGCUUUUUCUAUGCUGAUUCAAGAAACAUUGGUCAGCAAAAUUCCUCUGACAAUUGCUGUAAACUUACUGUCAGUGGAGAGCAACUGUUACAGGGAAAAGCUGGAGAGGAGCUCCAAACAACAAUUAUCGUCCACUGUGAACUCAAAGCUGACAACAAAAUGAGCCAAAAUGUCACCAUUACAGUGUGGAGGAUAUCCCUUUCUGGUAAAUACAUUCUUAUAUUUCUGGUUAUCCUGGGGACACUGAUUCUGCUCUCUUUGCUCAUCUCCAUCAUCCUAUGUAUUAUCUAUGUGACCAAAGAACAAGGGUAUAGACAAAAGUUUCAUCCAGCAAGAACUCAAGUAAUGGACAAUGACAACCAAGAUGCAAAUUCUGGUACUGUUGAAGUGCAGGAAGAGAAAACAGAGACCGUAGAGGAUGAGCUAUUAUAUGCCACAGUGAAUCAUUCAGGUGCUGGUGAAAACUCUGCUCCUGUAGUGAAGUUUGAAUCAGGAACUGACUACGCCACAGUGGUCAUACACUAAACAACCUGUAACACUGAAUGGAUUUUUUUUCCAUCAGGGAUUUUAGCCA